CUGCGAUUUCCCCGAACUCUUGCUUCUCUGGUCUUCCCCGUCGAUCGUGUCGGGUUCUGAUCGAUCGGUUGAUCCACGAGGGGCUCCCAACAUAUUCGCUCCUUUGUCCUCUCUCCUUUUUAUGUUUGUGAAUCGAAUAACUAAAAGCGGACAAGCGAGGAGGUUGUUUGUUCGUAAUCGUCCCUCCCUGCGAUCAUCCGACCGGAGAGGGGGAGAAAGAAAGAGAAAAAUGAGCCUCUUCGGACUCGGUGGCAGGAACCAGAGAACAUUUCGUCCAAAGAAAAGUGCACCGUCUGGCAGCAAGGGUGCGCAACUUCAAAGGCACAUUGAUGCAACCUUAGGUAGUGGGAACUUGAGGGAAGCAGUGCUUCUUCCACCAGGAGAGGAUGUGAAUGAGUGGUUAGCAGUAAACACUGUUGACUUCUUUAACCAGGUGAAUCUGCUCUAUGGCACUCUGACAGAGUUUUGCACUCCUAAUAGCUGCCCAACAAUGACUGCAGGACCCAAGUAUGAAUACCGGUGGGCUGAUGGGGUCCAAAUUAAAAAACCCAUAGAGGUAUCUGCGCCAAAAUAUGUGGAGUAUUUGAUGGAUUGGAUUGAAGCACAGCUUGAUAAUGAAUCCAUAUUUCCUCAAAAGCUUGGGGCGCCAUUUCCUCCUAAUUUUAAGGAUGUAGUCAAGACCAUUUUCAAGCGCUUAUUCCGUGUCUAUGCGCAUAUUUACCAUUCACACUUCCAGAAGAUUGUGAGCCUUAAAGAAGAAGCUCACUUGAAUACAUGUUUUAAGCAUUUCAUUCUGUUUACAUGUGAGUUCCAUUUGAUUGAGAAGGGUGAGCUUGCGCCUUUACAAGAUCUAAUAGAAUCUAUUGUACUUUCCUACUAAAUUGUAUUAAAGAUGCUGGUGUGCUAGAGGAGGCAGAUGGCUGGAAGGGAUUGUCAUCAUAAAAGUUUGUAACUGUAGCAAUAUAAGACAAGGAAUUUUAUCUACCACCUUGCUAUUUUGUUUGUUCGGUAGAUAUCUGAGCUUUAUGCCAAUGCUGACGGACGUGUACAUUAUAUCCAGAUAUUUCCCCGUAUCAUGCUUUAUUAAUUAAAGAUUUGAAGCUUGUAGAGAAUAAAUCUUGACAUAGUGUGGUUAAAUAACACUGGAGCACUCAUUUCUUUGUUUA